GUCGACCGGUUUAAUCUUCAACUCUCUCUUCUCACUCAGCACGCAAUCAUCCUAGUAUUCUCCGAUCUCUUUUCAGCCCUUUCGUCCAAUCACUUUUACCUCUCUCUCCUCACUCAGCACGCAAUCAUACAUUUAUUAUUUUGUUUAUGCUAGAGAGAGAAACAAGUAAAAGGAGUGUAUUGCAAUCUCCUCCGAUCAUGGCGAGGUAUCUGUCGAUUCUGUUAUAGAUUCACCUCUAAUUGGGUUUGGUUAAUGUUGACACAUCUUCCUACUACUCAGUUAUAGAGUUCGCUUCUCAGCAAGAGAGCCGCCAGUGAUUUGGAAAUUAUGCCAGAAACUGUAGCCAUCAUAGUCGGAGCCGGUCCGACCGGCCUCUCCGCCGCGGCUUGCCUAAACCAGCUUUCAAUCCCGAACGUACUCCUAGAAAGAGAUGAUUGUAUUGCUUCAUUGUGGAAGAAGAAAACAUAUGAUCGCCUUCAUCUUCACUUGGCCAAGAAAUUCUGUGAGCUCCCUCACAUGUCAUUUCCUACCACUUUUCCCAAAUACGUAACAAGGAAUCAGUUCAUACAAUACUUGGAUGACUAUGCCUCCCAUUUUAAGAUUAGUCCCAUGUACCAAAGAUUAGUUGAGUGUGCAAGUUAUGAUGAAGUUACUAAAACAUGGAAAGUUCAGGCAAGGAAUAUUGCUGUCAACUCUAUUGAGGAGUAUUCCGGCAGGUUUCUGGUGGUCGCAACCGGAGAGACUUGUGAUGCAUUCAUUCCUGAAGUUGACGGUUUAGGUACUUUCAAGGGAGAGGUUAUCCACUCAACCCAAUACAAAUCCGGGAAGAAUUACAGUGACAAACAUGUUUUGGUUGUUGGGUGUGGAAAUUCUGGUAUGGAAAUUGCAUUUGAUCUAUCAAAUUAUGGUGCCAAGACCUCUAUUGUCAUCCGAAACCCGCUUCAAAUAUUCUCAAGGGAAAUGAUGGACGUAGCGGUGGCUUUAGCAAAAUAUAUUCCAAUAAACAUACUGGACUACUUGGUGGUGUUGAUGAGCAAGCUAAUGUAUGGAGACUUGUCCAAGUAUGGGAUUAGAAGGCCCCAACAUGGACCUUUCUUUUUGAAAGCAAAUCAUGGAAAGUUCCCUGUUAUGGAUGUUGGAACCUGUAAAAAGAUCAAGUCCCGCGAAAUUCAGGUGUUGCCAGGGAUAACAAGAAUAACAGGCAAUGAUAUAUGUUUUGAAGAUGGAAAAUCACAUCCGUUUGAUGCAAUUGUUUUUGCUACUGGAUUUGAAAGACCAACAAAUAAGUGGCUCAAGGGAGAAAAAAUUUCUAAGCUUUGGAAGGGGGAAAAUGGUUUGUAUUGGGCAGGAUUUGGAGGGAGAGGAUUCUUUCGAGCUGGAAUGGAUGCCCAAAACAUAGCAAAUGAUAUAAAAUCAUUGCUGUGAUUUCACAUAAUCUAAUAUAAAUAGCAAGAUACAAUGAUUUCCAAAAAUGAUGCAUUAAAUCGUAUGGUGGUGCAAUAUUUAAAACAUUACAUAGUACUGCGAUAUAUAUAUAUGUGUGUGUGUGUGUGUGUGUGUGUGAAAAUAUAACAUGAAUUUGUAUGGCGUGUAACAGUGCACUAUGGUUUUGGAGUGAAUGCAUGUUAUGAAUUUAAAACUGAACCAUUAAUAAUAUUAAUUUAUAUCCGUUCCACUUGAA